AGGCUCUCGGCCUCCUCUGGGCUCUGUGGGUGGUGGUGGUGGUGGUGUCUCUCAAUGCCCCGUCCGCUGCCUGGCCUCCAGUCCAUGGAGCGAGAGAGCGAGUGAGUCCGUGAGUGAGAGAGAGUCGAGGACUGGAUAUGGCCAGGCCAUGCCUCGAAAGAAGGAAGUGCGAAAGUAGCCAGAGGAGCACGAACUACCCCAUCCAUCGGGCUGGAUCAUCAUCAUCAUCAUCGUCCUAACCAGAAUCAUCAAAAUAAAUAAUACGCCUGGCCGAGUUCGGUUGGUUGUUUAAGACCCGAUUCGGAUCGUCCCACUAUGUCCGGCCCGCUCUCUGCAUGAUGCGGCUCAUCUUGACGCUGUGUGUGAGCGCCCUGUGCGGUGGCGUGGUGGUGGCUAGCCCGCCUCCCCUGCAGAAACAGCGCCGUGUCGUUAUCACCGAACAUACGCCUCCGGGUGCGAGUUUAGGCGUUUUUCCCGAGGGGGUGAGCUCGAUUGAACCGCCCCUGACUUGGGCGUUCGUGGCCAAUGGGCGGGAAAUCGUGUUGAAACCCGGUGUGCCGGUCUCGCCGGAACCUUGGCUGGGUUUCCAAUUUCAUGUCCAGACUGAGCACGGCGGGUCGCGGAUUUGGGACCCGGUCUGGCUCAAUCGAACCGCCGCCCCGCAAUUGCAUCGACGCGAUUAUCAAGCCCAAGUGCGCGAGAAUUGCCCGUUGUGCCCAAUUCACUUUUUGGGACCCCGGAUCGAGGUGUGUGGUGGCCAUGCUCAGUCGAGACGGGGAUUAGGGGCCCGCAUCGACCCGCAAAAUGGCUUACCGGGAUUCGAAGCCACGGUGGAAGAUGUGGGCUCGUGCGCCUUGGUCAGUGUUCGAACCCACGAGCCUUGGGAUUACGAGACCCAUCGGACCGCUCAAUUGGAUUUAUUGGUGCAUGAUCUGGCCGAUCCCAGCAUCGUGAUCGAUCAGGCCCGCAUUGAGCUGGCCAUUUUGAAUGUCAACGAUAAUGACCCGACGUUUCCGAAUGCCACGCUCAACCUCAUCUACGACUCCUCUCGAGCGGGAAAACAGAUCUUGGGGCGGGUCCGAGCUCAUGACAAGGAUGGCGAUUCAUUGCGGUAUUUCAAACAAGAACCCGAUAAUACGUUAGUGAUUGUACCUCAAACGGGCGAGAUCAUCGCUUUGGACGGAUUCAACCGCUCCAGUUUGGCUGUGUGGGCUCAAGAUUGCCGGCGGCCUUCGGACAAGGCCAAGAUCCAAGUGAACUUUAUCGACCAAUCAUUGUUCCCCAUGGACUCGCUGGUCUUGCCCGAAUUAUUUCGCGUCAAACGAAGGACAACCCGUGCAGUGCGACCCACCAAACGGAUUGAAUUCACCGAAGCCGACGGUGAACCCGAGGGUAAGAUUGUGUUCCAGCUGGAAAAGGAAUCUGAACAUGAGACCUUUCGAAUUCGAGACGAAAAUCCCUGGGUCACUGUGGAGCCCAAUGGAUCCGUUCGGGUCAAGAAGAAGUGGGACUACGAGGAAUUGGGAAGAGAAAAGACCGUUGACUUUUGGGUGAUCAUCAGCAAUAGCGGAACUUCAUCAGGAUACGCCAUGGCGAACUCUUACAACGACAACCAACGCGUAAUCAUUCGCAUUAAGGAUAUCAACGACGAGCCGCCUUAUUUCAUCAAUCGGCCCUUGCCAAUGCAAGCCGUGGUCAAACUGAAUGCCCCUCCCAAUACUCGUGUCUUCACCCUGCAAGCCAAAGAUCCGGAUACCGACCAUAAUCUGCAUUAUUUCAUGGUCAGAGACAGAACUGCGGGACGAUUUGAGGUGGAUGAACGCUCUGGAGUGGUCCGAACUCGUGGAACAGAGGAGUUUCAGUUGGACACGGAAUAUGUGUUGUAUGUAAAGGCCGAAGACCAGAAUGGCCGAACGGGUCGAAAGUUUCAAUCCACUCCCGAGGAACGCCUUUCCAUUGUGGGAGGAAAACGAUACCCUCAGUUCUACAUGCCAUCGUACGAGGCCGAGAUUCCCGAGAGUCAAAAGAAGGAUUCAGAUAUCAUUUCUGUCAAGGCCAAGUCAUUCGCUGACCGAGAGAUUCGAUACACUCUGAAGGCCAAGGGUCAGGGAGCGGGAACCUUUAAUAUUGGACCCUCGUCUGGGAUCGUGAAAUUGGCCAAGGAUCUCGAUUUUGAAGAUCUUCGCCAACCUCACAUCUAUCAAUUGGAAGUCACUGCCACCGAAGACUCGGGAGGCUUUUCGACCUCCGUCGAGUUAACUAUCCGAGUGUCCGAUGUGAACGAUAACGCGCCCAAAUUUGAGCUACCCGAUUACCAGGCGCAUAAUGUGGACGAGGAUCUCCCCAUCGGAUCGUCCAUUCUCAAAGUCAAGGCCACCGAUGCAGAUUCCGGCAGCAAUGCCGAUAUCGAGUACUACGUCUCGGACGAUCACUUCACUGUCAAUUCCAAAGGUGUGAUCUCCAACAAUCGGCGCUUGGAUGCGGACAGUAAUAAUGCCUAUUACGAGUUCAUCGUCACAUCCAAGGACAAAGGAGAGCCCCCGAGGACUGGAACUGCAACGGUCAGGGUUUACACCGAAAACCGAAAUGAUGAAGAGCCCAAGUUCUCCCAACAAGUGUACACACCUAAUGUAGACGAGAAUGCGGGUCCCAAUACACUGGUGACCACGGUGGUGGCCUCUGAUAAGGACGGAGAUGGUGUCACAUUCGGGUUCGUGGGCGGUACCACUCAAUCGGGACUGUUCAAAAUUGAAAAGAACACGGGUGUGAUUCGUUUGGUCUCCGGACCAAUUACCCUGGAUCGUGACAAGUACGAGCUCAACGUGACCGCCAUGGAUGACGGGAAGUGCUGCAUAGAUCAGAGCAAACCCUCGAUCACCCCACCCGUCAUUCACACGGCCACGGCCGUGGUGGUGGUGUUCAUUACGGAUGUGAAUGACAACAAGCCCGUGUUUCAAGAUUGCCAGUCCUAUGGGCCCAAAAUCGAAGAGGGGGCGCCCAAUGGCAGUCCCGUCAUCAAAGUGCACGCAGUAGAUCAAGAUAAGGGCGUGAAUGGCCAAGUGAGGUACUCAAUUGUGCAACAACCCAAUCAAAAAGGCACCAAGUUCAACGUGGACGAGGAAACCGGAGAGCUGUUCACCAAUAAGGUCUUUGACCGUGAGGGCGACGACGGCAAAUUCGUGAGUGUCACAGUGAAGGCCACGGACUCGGGCGAGCCCUCGCUGGAGGGCGUGUGCUCCUUCACUGUCGAGAUCACGGACGUCAACGACAACCCCCCUUUGUUCGAUCGUCAGAAAUACAUUGAGAAUGUCAAGCAAGAUACGAAUAUCGGCACGAACAUCCUGCGUGUGUCUGCCUCGGAUGAAGAUGCGGAUAAUAAUGGAGCGAUCAGGUAUAGUUUGACUGCUCCUUUCGAUCCAUCUCAUUUGGAUUACUUUGAUAUUCAACCGGAAUCAGGAUGGAUCUACUUGCGCAAGCCCCUGGAUAAACCAGAGCUAAAAGUCCGCGUGACUGCAACAGACAACGGCACGCCUGUCCAAUUGGAGGCGGUUGUCGAUGUUGAACUUGUUGUGGUUGAUCGAAAUAAUAAGCCUCCCAUCUGGGAUCAGCAAAUCUACGGACCCGUCUAUGUCAAGGAGAACGCCCCUCAAGGAGAGGUCGUGAUCUCUGUCCGAGCAAGCUCCGGAAUUGAGGAUAAUCCCACGGUGUUCUAUCAGCUCAUUCGAGGCUCCACGGACCAGACCAAUAAGUACGACACCUUCUAUCUCCAACACCGACAAGAGAAUGGAUGGACGUAUGCCGAUGUCAAAGUCAAUCAACCUCUGGAUUACGAACGGAUCAAGGAAUACAACCUCACCAUCCGUGUCGAGAAUAAUGGUGCCCAACAAUUGGCUAGCGAGGCCACGAUUGUCAUCAUCCUGGAGGAUGUAAACGAUGAGAUCCCGUUGUUCCGCGAAAGAGAGCAAGAGCGGGUUCUCGAGGGCGAGCCCAUUGGAACCAUUGUCACCACGGUGAAUGCCAUCGACAGAGACGGAACCUUCCCCAAUAAUCAGGUGUACUACUAUAUCUCUGAGAAAUCCGAGGGCCAGAAUUACUUUAAGAUCAACAGCCAAACCGGCGAGAUCAGCACCAAAGCUGUUUUCGAUCGCGAAAGACAAGGAGCAUAUGCUCUGGAAAUCGAGGCUCGAGACGGCGCUCCAUCAGCCCGACCAAAUGCCGCCGGACAGCCUAACUCGGUCACCAAGUUUAUGCGGAUUGGGAUCUCGGAUAAGAACGAUAACCCUCCUUACUUCGACAAGUCUUUGUACGAAGCUGAAGUAGACGAGAACGAGGAUAUUCAGCACACGGUUCUUACGGUUACGGCCAACGACAAGGAUGAAUCUUCUAAGAUUCGUUAUGAGAUUACUCGAGGGAAUUUCGGCGGUGCUUUCGCCGUCAAGAACAUGACUGGAGCCAUUUACGUGGCUGGACCCCUCGAUUAUGAAACCCGGAAGCGCUAUGAACUUCGUCUGGUGGCAUCGGACAAUUUGAAUGAGAAUUACACGACCAUCGUGAUCCAUGUGAACGAUGUCAAUGAUAAUCCACCCGUGUUUGAUCGGCCCACCUAUGAAACUCAGAUCACGGAGGAAGAUGAUAGAAACCUUCCCAAAAGAGUCCUUCAGGUAACGGCGAGUGACGGCGAAAAAGACCGCGAACACAACAUUGUUUACUUUCUCACGGGACAAGGCAUCGAUGCAGAUCAGCCAGAUCUCUCCAAAUUCGACAUCAAUCGAACCUCAGGGGAAAUCUUUGUUCUCAAGCCUUUGGAUCGGGAUGAGCCCAAUGGCCGUCCUCAAUGGAGAUUCACUGUGUUUGCUCAAGACGAUGGAGGCAAUGGAUUGGUGGGCUACGCAGAUGUUCAGGUUAACCUGAAGGACAUCAACGACAACGCCCCCUUGUUCCCACAAGGCGUAUAUUAUGGCAAUGUCACGGAGAAUGGGACCGCAGGGAUGAUGGUCAUGACCAUGACCGCCGUGGAUUACGAUGACAUUGAAGAGGGCACCAAUGCCAAAUUGAAAUACUCCAUCGAGAAGAACGUUAUCGAUGAGAAUACAGGCACGCCCAUCUUUGAGAUCGAAGAGGAAACCGGCGUGAUCAAAACCGCCGUGUGCUGUCUAGAUCGAGAAAAGACUCCGGAUUAUUCGAUUCAAGUGGUAGCCAUGGAUGGAGGGGGGCUGAAAGGCACGGGGACAGCUUCCAUACGUGUCAAGGACAUCAACGACAUGCCGCCCAGCUUCACCAAAGACGAAUGGGUCACCGAGGUGGACGAAACCGAAGGCAAUGUUCUGCCCGAUGCACCCAUACUCACGGUCACCGUUCACGAUGAGGACGAGAGCAACAAAUUCCAUUACAAAGUGAUCGAAUCUAGCGGAUUCGGAGCCGACAAGUUUACUAUGGUGCGGAACAACGAUGGAACGGGAUCGUUGAAAGUGGUCCAACCCUUGGACUAUGAGGAUCAACUCCAACGGCAAGGUUUCCGCUUCAGGAUCCAGGUCAACGACAAGGGUGAGGACAACGACAACGACAAGUACCACGUGGCCUACUCAUGGGUGGUGGUCAAACUCCGCGAUAUCAACGAUAACAAGCCCAUCUUUGAGAAAUCCAACAUCGAGACCUUUGUGCGGGAGAACUCAAAGGUUGGCAAGACCUUAGAGCGAUUCCGAGCCUCUGAUCCGGAUCAAGGAGGCCAUAGCCAGGUCCGAUACCAGAUUGACCGGAGCUCGGAUCGACGUCGACAAUUCUCGAUCUCAACCGAUGGAACAGUGGCCAUUCAAAGAGAAUUAGACCGCGAGACCUUGCCCUCUCAUCAGAUCAAGAUUCUGGCUAUUGACGACGGAGAUCCGCCCAAAACGGCUACAGCCACGCUCACGGUCAUUGUGGAAGAUAUCAACGAUAACGCUCCCCGAUUUCUGAAAAACUAUCGCCCAGUACUACCCGAGCAUAGUCCGCCUCGGAAAGUGGUCGAGAUCCUGGCCACAGAUGAUGACGAUCGCUCAAAAGGCAAUGGGCCCUCCUUCACAUUUCGAAUGGAUCCCAAUGCUUUAGACAGUAUCCGAGCCUCCUUCAAAGUUGAGCAUGAUCCCAAGGGUGCCAAUGGAGAUGGCAUGGCCGUGGUGUCCUCGUUGAGGUCAUUCGAUCGAGAACAGCAAAAGGAGUUUCUCGUCCCGAUUGUGAUCAAAGACAGCGGGAGUCCCUCAAUGUCCGGUACAUCCACACUCACAGUGGUGAUUGGGGAUUCCAAUGAUAAUAAGAUGCAACCAGGGUCCAAAGAGAUCAUGGUAUACAAUUACAUGGGUGAGGCCCCGGCUAGUGAAAUUGGCCGAGUGUAUGUCUACGACCGUGAUGAUUGGGAUCUCCCAGAUAAGACCUUCAGUUGGUACCAUGAUCAACCCCAGUAUCCGUACUUCUCACUCCACAAAGAGAACGGUGGGAUCACCAUGAAAUCUGGCACUCCUGAAGGACGCUAUUUCCUCCAAUUCCGUGUAUACGACCGCAAGCACACCCAAACCGAUGUCCCCGCCAAUGUGACGGUGAUAGUGAAGCAGAUCUCUCACGAGGCCAUCGUCAAUUCAGGCUCCUUCCGCAUGGUGGGUGUCACUGCCGAAGAUUUCGUUCGAAUCUGGAGCUACACAAACGAAACGGUGGUCAAGAGCAAGAUGCAAUUGUUCAAGGAGAAGUUCGCCGAUGUUCUUCCGGAUAAAGUUCCACUGGAGAACAUCGACGUAUUCAGUGUGAUGCUUCAUGGCACUCGGCCCAAGACCACGGAUGUUCGGUUUUCAGUUCACAAUUCGCCCUACUACAAACCGGUCAAAUUGAAUGGGAUCUUGUUGAGACACCGCGAGACUUUCGAGCGAGAAUUGGGAAUCAAUAUCACCAUGGUUGGGAUCGAUGAAUGCCUGUACGAGAACGAGAAUUGUGAUGGAAGUUGUACCAAUGUCCUGGAUAUCAAUCCAAUUCCGUAUACGGUCAAUGCCAACAAGACCUCUUUGGUUGGGGUACACGUGGAGGUGAUCCCGGAGUGCAUCUGUGGAGCUCGAACCUUUGACAAGCCAGAAUCGUGUCUCACGCACGUCUGUUACAACGGAGGUCGAUGUUUGGAGGGUCGAUGGGGAAUCCGAUGUCAGUGUCCACGAGGUUACGAAGGACCUCGAUGUCAGCAGACUACCCGAACCUUUUGGGGCAAAGGAUGGGCCUGGUACCCGCCUUUGGAAUUGUGCGAGGAUUCCCAUUUGUCCGUGGAGUUCUUGACCCGAAAACCAAACGGUGUCUUGUUGUACAACGGUCCCAUUGUUCCGCCGGAAAGUGACGAGAUGCUCAUUUCGGACUUUAUCUCGAUUGAGCUGGUGGAGGGUCAACCGAGGCUUCUGAUUGAUUUCGGGUCGGGCACAUUGGAGUUACGGAUCGCAACCAAGAACGGGAACGGACUCGAAGAUGGACAGUGGCAUCGAUUGGACGUGUUUUGGAGCAAAGAAGAGGUGAGGAUGGUGGUCGAUUUCUGUCGAUCGGCCGUGGUCAUGGAGCAUGAGGAUGGGACUCCCACGGAGUUUGACGACUCCUCUUGCCAAGUCAAGGGCCACAUCCCGCCCUUCAACGAGUAUUUGAAUGUCAACACACCCCUUCAAAUUGGAGGCAUGGCAGCCGAACAGUUUGACCCCAUGAAAUAUAAAUGGAGUCACACUCCCUUGGGAAAACCGUUUGAUGGAUGCAUCCGCAACAUUAUCCACAACUCGAAACUCUACGAUCUCGCCGAUCCCGGAUUGUUCCGCUACUCCAAACCCGGAUGCUUACCCGUAGAGGAGGCGUGUAAUGCCAACUUCCCCGGCCCUCGAUGUGGCGAGCACGGUCGUUGUGUGGGAUCGCUUCGUCAGCCCACUUGCGAGUGUAACGCCGGUUGGACCGGUCAAGAUUGCUCUCACGAGACCAUGCCCAGCACCUUCGACCCGCAAAGUUACGUCAAGUACGCCCUGAGCUUCGAACCCGAUCGAUUCACCACCGAGAUUCAGUUGAGAUUCCGCACCCGCGAAGAACACGGGGAGCUCUUCCGCGUGUCUGAUCAACAUAACCGCGAAUAUGGCAUCCUAGAGAUCCAGGAGAGCAAACUGCGGUUCCGUUACAACUUGAACUCGCUGCGGACUGAGGAGAAGGAGAUUUGGUUGUCAGCUAUCUAUGUGGACGAUGGUCAGUGGCACACGGCGAAAGUGGCGCGUUACGGUUCGGCCGCUAUUUUGACGGUGGAUGGCGGCGAAGGUCGCCGGUACAACGAUUCCUUCACGUUCGACGGACAUCAGAUGAUGACUGUGGACAAGCAGGAAGGCGUGUAUGCGGGUGGCAAGGCCGAGUAUACGGGUGUGCGCACCUUCGAGGUGUAUUCGGAUUACUCCAAAGGUUGUAUGGACGAUAUUCGUUUGGAGGGCAAGCAUUUACCGUUGCCUCCGGCGCUCAAUGGAACCCAAUGGGGCCAAGCCACGAUGGCGCGAAACCUCCAACGUAAUUGUCCCUCCAACAAUCCUUGUGCCAAUGUGAUCUGUCCCAAUCCGUUUGUGUGUGUGGACCUUUGGAUGGAGUAUGAGUGCUCGUGUCCCCGAGGUCAGCGUGUCACGCCCGAUGGGAAGAGUUGUGUGGAUCGCAACGAGUGUCUAGACAACCCGUGUCACAACGGGGGUCAGUGCGUUAAUCGAGACACGAUCGAGCGAUACACAUGUCUCUGUCCCAGUGGAUUCUCGGGCAACAAUUGUGAGCUCAUGCAAGAGGAACAGAUCUUGAGAUUGAGCAUGGGCGCCUUGGCCAUUAUUCUCAUCUGUCUUCUCUCGAUCUUGAUCCUAGUUUUGGUGUUUGUGAUCUAUAAUCGUCGGCGUGAGGCUCAGAUCAAGUAUCCGAAUCCGGAUGACGAUGUUCGCGAGACCAUCAUCAAUUACGAGGAUGAAGGAGGCGGUGAGGAUGAUAUGACCGCAUUUGAUAUCACGCCUCUCCAAAUACCAGUUGCGGAUGCGGCCACGGUGGCCGCAGCGGCACAGGGCACUUUGCAACGGCAAAAAUAUCAAAAGUAUGCGGCCACGGGUACUUAUCCUUCAAAUGGUCCACCCCCCGUAAUGAACGGUACGGGGACUCUUCCCCCGGAAACGAACGUAGAGCAUUUUAUUGAAGAGCAUAAGCAUCGUGCGGACAGCGAUCCCAGCGCGCCCCCUUUUGACGAUCUUCGGAACUACGCUUAUGAGGGAGGCGGAAGUACCGCAGGCUCAUUGUCCUCCCUUGGGUCAGAUAAUGAUAUUGGCCCGUUUUAGGCUACAAUUAGUGACAAAGCUCAAACCUCGACUCGCUAUGAUCUCACGACGAUAUUUCACAUUGACCUUCCUUCUCACCUCCACGCCCACUAUCUUCCCCACAUAAAUCAAAUAAUCUCGCCAUUGAAAGGGGCUCGUCGUAUUUCCCUUUGGCAUGAACAAGAAGGCAUUAAACGACUAAAUCCUCGGAAGAGUUGUCCCCAAAUCCUCCCAUUCCUCCUACUCCUUCUACCCCGGAUCCUACCAUACUCUAGUUAUCAAUACUAUCACGAUCAUUAUGUUAUCUAUUAUCAUUAUACUGAUUCGAAUUUUACAUACAGGCUGCCACGAUGUUUGUUAGCGCCAUCCCCGAUUGUAGCACUCCUACAAUAAGUAUGCCCCAAGUCUUGUCUGCCUUGUACUUAUCUCAUCCUACCCCCCCACCCCAAGAAACAUCAUCACCAUCAUCAUCUACAGCCACCUAACACCAACAAAACCAACAACAUCCGCCACCGACGCCAACAUCAAUGCUGUCAUGAUCCUUAUGUUUUGUUCAAAUUUUUAUUGAAACCGUUUUAUACUUUUUAUAUGAUUCACAAUUCUAGUCAGAACAAAGCCAUUAUAAUUGUCGCCUUUUCCAACGGAAGCAAAUAAAUAUCAGUUCCAAAACCC